UGUGUGCUACUGUCUGAGAGAAGCCGCAGAAAUGCCUUGGCGCAGGAUCCGGAGACGUCAUGGAUUCCUGAGUGUGGGGCUUUGCAGGAAAGCCCUGAGUCUCCGACAUGGACCGGCUCCAGGUUUCCAUGGCAAAGGCGCACAAACAGGAGGAAACACUGAGGGAAUCCCGUUAUUUUACAGCAUGGGAGCAUUAUAAACACCCAGAGCGGGGAAGGAAGCCGCUCUUGAUACACAAGUAAUCCUUAUAGAGCUCGAGGAAGGGGGACUUCAUACCAGAUCCAUUGCUGGAGCUGCUGCGGCUGCAUGCUUUUUUAGAAAAGAACGGGAGUUUGCGCGCACAGCUGCUGUGUCGCAGCUUGAAGUUUUGUCUCCUUUCGACAUUUUUUAACCGAAGAGAGCUUCUGUUAUGGUUAUUAGCGGAAAGUAAUUUUUCUUUUUAUUUCUUUUUUUUCUGUUUUUUUUUUUUCUUUUCUCUCCAGAUGUUUAGAGAGACUUGGAUGCUGGCGCAGUACCACACCAUGAGGUCGAUGGAUCAAGAUGACCCCAACCUUGCACCUCACAAAGUCCUCAGCCCUGAGUCUGAGCAGGGAUUCCCCCUGGAGGAGGCCUCCCCGUACGGCAUCAAGUCCUGCAGUCCCUCCUACAGCACCGAGGUUCUCUCUGGGUAUGAGAACCAGGAGGCCCGACACUACCUGGACAAUACCCGGCCUGCGGGCCUGGCCCUGAGCCCGCGGAUCGAAAUCACCCCCUCCCGUGAGCACUACAACCAUGGCCGGGACUCCCUGCAGAACCACCACCUGAACAUUAGCCCCAGACCCACCCUCACUGUGCCUGGCCAUGAAAACCUUGCCUACCGUGAGCCUCAGUGCCUGAGUCCCGCCAGCAGCAACUCCUCCACCAGCUGGCACUCGGAGAGCUAUUCCCCCUGGGCGUCUCCUUGUGUUUCCCCUAGCAACGGCCAGAACCCUGGAGACCUGUGCCCUAGAUUACAGAACAUCCACACUGGCUCCCCGCGCACCUCUCCGGGCACCUCUCCUCGCACCAGCCUAGCUGAGGACGGCUGCCUGGGACCCCGCUCGCCCUCUUCCAGACCUGGCUCCCGCUCCACCUCCCCACAGUGCAAACGCACCUACGACAUGUACAGAAAUCCAGGCUUAGUGCUUGGGCACCGCUCCCGCAGUCCCUCCCCCCUCAGCGCCCAUGAAGAUCACAACAUAGGCGCCAACUAUACACCCACCAGCCUUGCCGACGCCAUGAAUGGCUUCGGCAAUGGUCAGCCAGGCCUGGUGCCCACUAAAAUAGUCAAGACAUCCAACCAGGUUUACACUCUGUACCCAGAGAACCACGCAGAAGGGAACUACUUGGUGUCCUGUGACCAGGACAUAAAAGCCAAACCUGCGGCAGAGCCUUUCUUCGUUAUCCCCCCAAUCUGGUCCAAGCCGCUGGUUUCCAGCAUCUGCAGCAUCCCUGUGGCUUCUCUUCCCCCGCUGGAAUGGCCGAUCCCCAGACGCACAGACCAGUAUGAGCUCCACAUUGACGUGCAGCCCAAGCCACACCACAGAGCUCACUAUGAGACAGAGGGAAGCAGGGGUGCAGUCAAAGCCCCCACAGGAGGACAUCCUGUUGUGCAGUUACACGGCUACAGAGGCAAGGAGCCACUUGGUCUGCAGAUCUUCAUUGGUACAGCAGAUGAGCGCAUCCUCAAGCCCCACGCCUUUUACCAAGUCCACCGCAUCACUGGUAAGACCGUUACGACCACCAGCUAUGAGAAGGUCAUCCACGGCACCAAAGUCCUGGAGAUCCCCCUGGAGCCAAAGAACAACAUGAAAGCAAUAAUCGACUGUGCUGGGAUCCUGAAGCUCAGGAACGCCGACAUCGAGCUGAGGAAGGGCGAGACCGACGUCGGGCGGAAAAACACGCGCGUUCGUCUCGUGUUCCGUGUGCACAUACCUCAGCCUGGAGGACAACACGUCUCUCUCCAAGUGGCCUCCCAUCCUAUCGAGUGCUCCCAGCGUUCAGCCCACGAGCUUCCCAUGGUGGAGAAGCAGGACAUGGACAGCUGCUCUGUUCUGGGAGGCCAGCAGAUGAUCCUGACUGGGCAGAACUUCAGCUCCGAUUCCAAAGUCAUUUUUCUGGAGAAAACCCAGGAUGGGCAGCAAAUCUGGGAAAUGGAAGCAACAGUGGACAAAGACAAGAGCCAGCCUAGUAUGCUGUUUGUGGAGGUGCCGUCCUACCGAGACUCGUCUGUCUGCCAUUCUGUCAAAGUCAACUUCUACGUCAUUAAUGGCAAGAGGAAGCGCAGCCAGCCUCAACAUUUCACCUACACACCGCUGGCAUCUCCAUCCAUCAAGACAGAGCCCCUAGAUGAGUAUGAAGCGGACCACAUGGGUUUUGCCAUGCCUCAGAUCUUGGGCUUAUCCCCUCAUUCCUACUACCAUAACCCGCGCAGCGUCCUCCACCCAGACAACGGCCUGGUCUCCGGCAUGGCCUGCCAGCGUCUCAGCUCCAGCCUUCCCAGCCAAGACGCCCGUUUCCAGCAGCAGAGCCCAGCCAUCGUCUACUCCCGCGGGGGCAAGAGUCUGAGCGGCAGCCCUGGCCUUUAUCAGCAGACUGGAGGGAUGAUGCCUGACCCCCACCGGUCGGUGCUGGUCCACACGGGCUCCCCGGCUCAGUCUGUAGGUCCCAUCGGUGCAGGCCAGCACCCUUCCAUCAUCCAGUUCUCCCCCAUAAACCACCACCUGCUCCGGGGAGAAGAGCCUCAACCUCUCUCUGCUCCGCAGCCUGACAGCCAGCAGAUCAUCUACUGCGAUGGCUACUCCCCACAGGCAGCCGCCGCCCACUCACCCACACCCCCCCAGGCUCAGGCCCAGGCGCAGGCAGUGAACCACCUUGCUCAGCACUAUCCCACCGUGAUCCAGCAGCAGCCAUACGCGCAGAAGACGCAGCAGAAAGGCCGGGCUCCGCCCGGCACGGGGCAGAUGGAGGAUCCAGGAGACGGACAGAGGAGGGUGACUGUCAAGGAGGAGAACUUGGACCAGGCCUACCUAGAUGAUGGUGAGUUGAAUGAGAUCAUAAGAAAGGAUCUGACGGGCGUUCAGGCCAGAGGGCAGACAUAGAGGACAGACCGGAAUGGGAAAUGACGACAACGUCACCCCCCUCCCGACAGACAGACAGACAGACAGACAGACAGACAGACACACACACACACAGACAGUCUUCAACCUUCCACUGGUGACGCACAUCCACCAGAAAUCAGACCUUCUCUUCCUUCGUUUUCUUUAGCCACAGAAAUAGAAAUAUCAACUCCCGGCUGCUGUGUUUGCGUUGGAUGCUUUCCUGCAAUAAACCUUGUCUCGUUUGACAAACACAAGAAUUCAUUUGACCCAUAACGUCUGUCACCAACACCCAGCAGCAGGUCUCCAACCAACCAAUGAGAAACAACGGGUAAAUGUGCCUUAAGUUUUAGAUUUUUUAGAUUUGUUUGGAUGCAGUUUGUUUUCCAAAGGAGUACAGAGAUGAAACAAAAUAAAGCAUUAGCCAUAUUCUGUCAGUCAGGCAAUAAAGCCCACACCUGUUUGCCUCCCACGUGUGCCUCAUACCGGUGAAUGACAGUUAUGUAGCAUCAUUUUGAAGUAAAGUGUUUGAUCAACAGCUUGUAUUUUCCUACCAAAGAUUCAGCCCAAUUACGAUACUAUCACAUGUGUCUUGUGGCCAACAGCGUGCCAUCUUUUUGUUUCAUUCUUCUUGCACAAAGUGUGUACUACACUCUGUGUGUAGUGUAACUUCAUGUGUUUGACAUGAAAAGAUUUCAUUUUGAGCUUUCAUGCUGAUCAUCUCAUUUUAAGUGCAGUUUUCUAAUGGAAGUGAAGCGCACACUGCCUUAACCAUACACAAAUGAACUAUUGUGACGCCUCCUAAUAUGCACUGUUUUCAAUAACGGGGUCAAUGUUAUUUC